AUGGGACGUAAUCAGGAGGGACAAUUCAACGGAGCUGGAAACUCCGAAUCGGCGGGUGCGUUUCAUCCGAAGUCUCGUACUGGAAUCGGGAAUCUCCCCGCCCGUGUUCGGUAGUAGAGUGGCGAGCGAUACACACACACACACACACGAAAAGUGAGGGGGAGCGUGUGUAUACAAACAUGAAAACAGGCAAAUAUUCAUCACAUGCACGCGUCGGACGUCCAGACAGAUUCUCAUUGACUGUGUGUGUGUGUGUGUGCGUACGGCGCGCGCCGCAGCCGCAUUCCGCGCCGCCAUCCCAAACUAUUGUAGUGACGCGCGCGCGGACGCGAACUUUUUUCUCGCGCUUCUGGAAAACUAUCGGUUCUUUAAUCAUUGCUCCUCUCCUACGUUUGCUCCCACGAAUUGGGCUACGCGCCUUUAAAUGAGACGGUCCUCGACUAUUAUAUUGCAGUUUUCUAUCUCCGCCCCCUCGGACCCCUCGAAAUUGCUGAAAACCCGAUUUUCGUGCUAAUUCGUUCUGUUUUUGUAGCGCCAGUCGUUCAGUUUGUGAAAAAUUAGCGGUUAGCAGUUUUCCGUACAACUUUGGUCAGAAUUCUGAUCCUUCAUGAUGGAAUAUGGCUCAAUUUCCCAUUGUUCUUUAGAUCUUGAAAUACUUUUUCCAGUGCUUCUUUGGCAAGUUGGCUUUUAACCCAGACUAGGCUAGAAACCAUAUAAAUCAUAAAUCAUCGCAUAAAUAGUAUAAGUAUAGUAAAAAGUUUCGGGCGGUCUCUCCCUCUCUCUCUCUUCGACGCGCAACUAACCAAACCAGUUCACUUUCUUCGAUCUUUCCCUAUUUCUCUUUCUCACGACGACGACGUCGACAAUGAAGAAGAAGAUGACUGACGACGGCUUCUUCGUCGUCUUCUUCUUCUCCUGUAUUCUUCUGUCUGGCUUACUGUGUUGUUUACGCAAAAAUCCCUGACGUCGUCGUCGUCGUCACCAAAACUGCGACGGUUUCGGUUAGUGCUGCUGUCGUCGUGCUUCUUUCUCUUCUUUUCUCCUCGUUUCUUGUAACUAACCAGGAUCUUCUCGGCUCUUUUGACCACCACCGUCAUCAGCGGGCCGCCGGUGCGCAGCAAUUACGCAAACACAGAGCAAGCACAAACUAAAAAGAAGUUGUUGGCUUCUUCGAUUUUUGCGAGAGAAACUGGUCCUCCGGGCGGCCGCUUUUUGAUUUCCCGCCACGUUUCUGGAACGUUCAAUGCGUCGCUGGUGAAUACGCGCCUCCGUCGCCGCCGCGCGCUUUUCCGCCUCUGACAUCAUUACAGAACGCCUCAAUGCACUUUUACGCGCACGUUUCAAGUGGUCGCGCUCACCGGCAGCGGCCCGCCCGACACAUCUUUUUCCCGCAUUUUAGUUUUGGCAUAGAUUUAUGUACCCAGUAGUGGCAGAUUAGUCCGAAGCGGACACUUUUUUCGUUCCGGUCAGAAAAUAUACGAAUUGAAAGCUUCUGGCUCAUCGGAAUUCGACUGUAAAGCACUCUGUUGAAAUAGUAACCUCCGGACCGACUAAAAAAGCAACUGACAAACUCUUUCCGCUGCUGAAAAGUCUAGAAAAAGACUUAAAAAUGAUCAUCAGUGCCUUUUCUCGAAGUAAUCCUGAAAACCAACCAUCUCUGCUAUCUUUUACCGAGAUUUUCCUGGAAAUGUCCGAAAAACAGCGUUUCACAUUUCGCUGGCCUUGGCUAAACGCCUAGAAAUGCUGGAAGACUGUAAUUUAGAAGUAGAUAGAGCGCGAGGACCAAAAUUUUGUACUUUUUCGCUCCCCACUCGAAAACCGUUCUCUGAACAAUUUUUUUGCAACGUACGCACUAAUACACUCGUUUUUUUCACUCUCCCACCACACUCUCUCAAUUUUUUCAUCACUGCCCGCGCAAUGGUUUUUCACCGGCGGUGGUCGUCGCCGCCGUUGCUGCUCUUUUUUAUGGCUCUGCAAGAGAGAGAGAGAGAGAGAGUGGUGUGUUGACUCAAAUGGAUCGGUUAGAGGGGUGUACCGGCUGGUACCCGUACCAUUCCACUUUUUCGCUUCCAUCUCUGCGUUUCAAUUUCCAUUUCGCUACCACCUUCAUGAAUGUUCUCAAAAGCUUCUUCUUCUUCUUCUUGUCAGUUUUCGGUCAUCUGUUAUGUUAUGCCAUCUGUCCCGCUGCUUCGUUUCGCAUUUAAAUGAGCGUCCAGAGCAGCGGCAGCAGCCGCACAUACACCGAUUGGUGCCAAUUUCAAUGUGGUCUCUGCUGUGAAAUUUCGAAAAUUUGAGAAUUGAGAACGAGAAGACGGCACGAAGAGUGUGAUAAUGUGUCCAGUCUGGUGCGCUCCCCGAGUUUACGAACGGGCGUUUCAAUGUCCGAGAUCUCUUUGCCACUCUACUAAAUAUGCCUGUGCUCUUGCUCUCUAGUCCCAGUUGUUAUUGUUAUUGUUGUUUAUUUAGUUAUCUGCCUCUCUCCCUCCCUCUCUCUCUCCUUUUCUUUAUCCCUUGCCAGCCAGACAGCUCUCAUUGUUCUCUGCCACCUUUUUGAGCCAACGAGCUCGCCAGCCGAUAAGCUAGCGUUUUUUUUAUACAUAAGCGCUCUAUCGCACCAAUUUGCGGCCGCCCUUCCCUUUUUAGCAAAGUUUCAGCUUUAUCUUGAAACAACGCGCAAAAAAGCGUUUUCUUCCAGUUUUUCACCAAACUUUCGGGAAAACAGCGAAUUUUGAAUGUGCUCUCUUGAAAUUGUGAACUCCGGCUCGGCACGAAUUUAAAAACAGCUGAAAAUGACCAUGAUGGCCAAUUUUUGUGAUUCUUUCACGAAAUGAUCAGAGAACCCAUUGCUUUCGGCAUAAUUUGAAUCAAAAUGGCGAAACAACUCAAAUUUCUCGAAGAACUGCAAUUUGAGCGAUAGGGCGCACUUUCAUCACUUGCACUACAUCUUCUUAUUCUCCAUUGUCGAACCACUUUCUCUGAUCGGAGGCUAGCAAUCGAAAACGGUUUUCCGAAUCGCAUCAAACUUUCGCCCGCAUCGCGCGCAUUUCUGAGACCGGCUAACCAAAAUCCUAGCAAGUACUGUGUAAGCCGAAGCACUUGUCCUAGUUUUUCGCGAUUCAACGACGGCGACGAUGCUAGUAGAAGAAGAAGAAGCGAAGCGAAAGCCGAAGAAGCAAUUGGAAGCAGAAGCAGAAGCGGGAGAAGAGGAAGAAGUGGCGGUAGACCUGUUCGAUAAGCCGCCACGUCUUCCUCGUUUUUUGCCUCACCAUCCUCCUCACUUCACACAUUCACUCGACGCCCUUAGUCAGCUGACGACACAGCGUCUUCGGCAGCGACGACGAUCGCGCAACCUAUUCGACGACUACAUUCCAUCAAGCAUCAGGACGUGUAAUCAGCGAUUAUCUGGAAUGUGGGCGCUGAAAGUGAAGCGAAAGCGAUCUGCGAUUUCAUUUCACUUUUCCUCAUACUACUACUGCUACUACUCCAUCAUCCUUUUCUUCUCACUAGAGCGAACAUUUCUUCACAUGCACCGUAAAUACAGUAUUAGAAGGGAAGGGCAUGUUCUUCUAUUUUCCAACGUCCGAAAAUCGACUUAAAACUCUAGCUCACUUUGCUGAAUGCCCUUCUAUUACUACCGAGACAUUUCAAUGUGAAUGCGCUCUGAAUCCCCUCUUUUUUUAAUCUCCGGGCCUAAUUUUGCAACGAGUUUCAGUAGGCGUCGGACCAGAGGUCGAAAUUGCAACAGAGCGCAUUCACUUUGAAAUGGCCCGAUUGUAUAUGAAUCCAUGCUCCUUUCCGCCCCGCAUCGUUCCAACAUUUUUCGCAACAACAGCAGCAGUCGGUCCGCGAAUAGAAAGAAACGGUCAGGUCACGGAGCGCGCGCGACUAAAAAUAGAAAUGAUCCCAUCGGCUGAGGGUGAGCGCGCGCGCGGAACGGUACACGCUUUUGCGAAACGAAACGAAAGAGAGAACGCAAAUACAUUCCGGAGCAUGCGGUCGGGGCGUCUGCACACCGGAAAGGACGGCCCAGUUCGUUUCUAUGUUUAGAACGGCCGACUCUAUUCUUAGCCUCCAUUUGUUUUCCGCGCGCCGCCGCUCUUUUCCGCGCUCCCCUCCUUAUCAGCAGUUUUAUCACUCGCGCCUCGCUUUCUUCUAAAAUACCGCCGCCGCCCCCCCCCCCCUUGGCCACAAAAGUAGCUGGGGCGUUUGAACCUAAUUCGUCUUGUCAUGGGUUGGGUUGGCUGCCGACCUUGGUGGUGGUAGAUAUCUUUCAUUUCCCCAAUUUGUGUCUCAAUUUAUUAUUCAUACAAAUCAGUCGCCUAAUCAAGAUCGUCUGUCACUAACGCCCACCGGACACGGUUUGACACAUUCCGUUUCUGUUCUCCACUUGUUGCCUUUGACUAAUUGUGGCUAAAAUCGGCGACCGUGGCCGAGUUUUCACCUGGAAUUUCUACUUUUUCUCAUUGCAUUCAGUUCUUACACGUCAUUAAACAUGUUUCGACUCUUUUUAGAAAACGUAUGCCUUGAAAUUAUAAUACUGCAAAACGGUGCGGUCCCUGACAAGUCUGGCGCAAUUUGUCGAGCAUUUUCUUUGUGUUUUUGCACACAUUUCUCUGAAAAGUUGAAAAAAUCGCACUCUAUCGCUCAAAUCGCAACCGCUUUUCCGUUCCUAUUAAUUUCUUGGCCAGUCGUCGGCGGAAUUCGAAAACACUGAAAAAUACAUUAAUUUCUAAAAUUUCUGACAAACUUUUCGUGUCUAGCGCACAAAGUCCGUGUCUUUUUACGAAUUUUCCGGCCCUUUCAGGAAUUAUUUUGAAUUCCAAGCCUAAAUUGUCAAAACCAAGUUUUCGAUCUACCGUAUUUGAACGCCCGCCAUUUGUUUUUCGCCAUUGUUCCGCAAAGCGCGCUUGCAUACCGCCCGCCAUUUCUCCGCUAAUUUGUCAUCAUUUUCUCGACAUUUCUUCGCCAAAGCCGUCCAUUUUUAAUGUUUUCGCCGUCGGAAUCCCGUCCGAAAUUUGUCGCUGACCGCUAAUAUUGCCCCGCUUUCGGUUUUCUGCAUCUUUUCGCUGUUUUUUGUUUGUUUCCUCAGCAUUCGUCUCCGCUCUCCCGUUCUCCGUUCGUUCUUGUAUAGUAGUCGCGCGGCAAAGCAGUCCGUCUUUUUUUGCUUGCUUGCUUGCUUGCGCCGCCUCGUGCCGAAAAACAACAACAAAAAUACCACGCGGCACGCGAAUUUAGCAAGAAAACGCAAAAAAAACGAAACAUCGCCGAGAAAAUGCUCUUUCACACGGUUUUUUAAAAUUCAUGCCCGUGCACUCGAACUUUCCUGGAAGUUUGCAUCGAAAUCCGAAAGCCGGAACACCCGUUUUGUGAACUCAAAAUUACAAAAUGUACGAUUCUGGAAAAGCUCCGGAAUCGUGUUUUGAAAUUUCAGUACUAGAACCAGGGUCGGUGGUCAGCAUAAUAAGGGAGUUUCAGAAAAGUUCAAAUUUCGCCUGAAUAUCUGUAAAUUUGGCAGAAAAUUUGAAGCCAGCGACAAGUCUGGAAAGCAGCAGUUGGAAGCGAAUGCAAAUCGUAGUAGUAGUAGUAGUAGUAGUAGUAGCAGUCGUCGUCGUCUUCUUCUUUCCCUCACAAGCUUCUGCCUUUCUCCGCCCGUUCUCCCUCCCUCCCAUUCGUUUAAGUGUGUGUGUGGUCAUAUGGGAGAGUAUCACUCGUACUUCUCGUACUUCCCCUCCUCGCACUCCCUGCGCGCCCGCCGUCUUGACCAUUCUCUCGUGCCACCCCCGCUCUCUGCGUCUUGGGCUGUCUCUCGAGCGGAUGUGUGUAUGUGUGUGUGUCCAUACUAUUCGAAUUCGUGGUGCCUUCCAUCUGUCUGGGAGGGCGUCUGGCUUCUCUUCGCCCGCUAGCUGAAAGUCUACAGUAUGCCUGUGCCCACUCUAACUACUUCUAAUUUGCAUCUGUUCUCGUGCGGGGCGGGCGGCAACUAGCCUAGGAAUGGAAUUGGGAGAGAGAGAGAGAGAAUCCGGUUCUCUUAAGUCUUCCAAUUCUAUUCUUCUUCCAAUCGAAUUGGAUUCUGGAUUCUAGAUUCUAGAUCCCAGAUCCUAGAUUCUGUAGGUUCUAGAUUUGAGGUAUUACAUCUUAGAUUUUAAAAACUGCAUCCUAGAAAAAAUAGCUGAAAAUACCUAGUAUACUGUAGCUCCUCCCCCUCUCAAGUUUAAAUAUUACGAAACUCUUCAAAGGACACGAUGAUGAUUAUUCUGGCGCCCAGCACUCCCGCGUUCUCGGUCAGGGUUAUAGACGCGGGGGCCCCCGACCGGUAGGUGGUACGGCGGCAGGUAUAGGGGUGACCGAGGGACAGGCACAGUCUCUCGGGGGGUCGGCGACCGGCGUGCACCUCCUCCUCCUCCUCGCCAUCUCCAUCUCGCGCUCUCUCGUUGGCGCUCUACAGACAGAUCCGAGAUGGUACACGGCGAGACGCAGGCGGAGUGACGCGUGGACACACGGACGGGGCGCGCGCGUACUAUCUCUCCUCUCCGCGCGAUUCUUCACGUUCUUCUAUAUGUAUAUAGAUUCCCUCCUCGAUCCAUCCAGCCCGAUCCGUCUCGAUCCCUUCACACUCACACACAGUCACACUGAGACACGGAGGACACGGGCGGACGUGGGAGGAAAAGGGGAGGAGACAACAUUCCCGAGAGAAGAGGUGAAAAAUAAGGAUGAAUUCUCGAAUUCCUUUCUUCUCCUCCCCCUUCCUCCUUCAUCAGAACUUCCAGAAAGUGCGCGGGCUCGCCGAGCUGAAAAUGAGUCAUGUCGCCCCCACUGCCCCCCCCCCUUUCUUCUCUGCUUCCUCUUCUUCGGAAGACCUCGUCAUUCUUUAUCCACUUCCGUUCUUCUCCUUUUCAAACUUCUGCUUUCAGGCUCGAGCAGUUCCUCCGGGUGCAGCUCCUCGUCCGUCGAGCUCUACGACCUCGCCGCCCACGCAGCUCUCAUCCGACAACAGCAGCUCCUGAACCAGGGCCUUCCGAUACUGCCGGAUCAGUUGGUCGCCCAACACCACCAUCAUCAACAUCACCCGCUGCAUCAACACCCACAACAUCCGACCGGUCCUCCGCCGCAUUUUGUGGUGCAGCAGCAGCAACAGGCUCAGCAGAUCCAUCCACUUGUGGCAGCCGCCGCCGCCGCCGCUCAUCAUCCGCAUUUGCCACCGGCAGCACACCUUCCACGCGCCGAGGGUAGGUCAUCGUACCUGACGAACUGAAAACAAUGUUAUCUGUUAUUUUCAGUGAUCCAACAGGCGCCGCACUUUGUGCUCCAUCAACACUUGCAGAAUUUGGUACAACAGCAAGUGCACCAUCCGCAUCAUCCGCUAGUUGGUAAGAGUUUUGACCUCUUUUUGUGCGUGAUUCGCUCGAUUCGAUUCGAUUCAAAGACCAGACAGAACAGUAAACUUGAUCAGUUCGCCCUUGCAAAGUGCACACUUUGCUGCCCUUUUCCGUGGCUAGAACCGUGUGUAUCUUCCCGAACACACUGGCUUGUUUUCCACGUCUUCUUCGUCGUUCCGCGUUGAUGUUUUUGUUGUUGGCGCGGCGAAGAACGCAUUUUGUCGUCGUCCUUUAGAACUAGUGCCAAAGAUCGCGAGUUUCCGGAAACUGGGCGAGCACGUACUACGGGCAAUGAGUCAAAAUGCGUUCUUCUAGAACACUCGACCUCUUCAACGUUGUUUUUGUGUGCUCCCGAAGACCACAAUAAUAGAUUUUUGAACUUGUAAUCUGAAAAACAAGUCGGUAUCAGUUGCCGAUCACAUUUUUGUAGAAUUCUAGAUUAAAAUGUCAGCCCAUAUCAUAUUACUCAGACUGCUUAGCUUGAGAUUUUGAGGACUUUGACGAGUCUUUCUGUUAAAUGACUCACACCAAUUCCUAGAGUCAGAACUUGCUCCCACACCUCCUUUUCCGUCAAACAUAGUAUGAUUGGCUCGGAACCUCAUCUAGGACGUCACACUCACACAUUCCGCGAUUAACGUCAACGACGACGGAGUCAGCAGCCGGGGGAAAAUUGGAUUUUGAUCUCUUCGCCAUACUACUUUUUUUUCCUCUCCCUCCUCCGAUUCUGGAUGCGUAAGCAGCCAGGUGUCCGCAAAAUUCACUUUCAGUGUAGGCGUCCUUAUUAGCUUUGCCUGAAUUUGUUGAACUUGUACUUUGGAGGCUUUUCCUCUGGGAGCGAGCUCUCUCUCGAUCGAGCAAGCACGGAGUACAAGACAGAAAGACGACACAAAAAGUGCAAUAUCUCCGUCCUCUUCUUCUCGCCGCGCUUCUCGUCUGACAGAAGGGCAUCCCGAAAGAGGCGUGCCCCCGCCUCCCUCAUUCUCAAAUCGCCGAGGUUCUCCUCCCCACACCCUUCCAUUGCGACUACUACCACCACAAGCUCUUGGCCUAGGGAGGAGUAGUCACCACACUCCCUCUCUCUCUCUGUCUCCGUUUCUCUUCCUCCUCCCUUAUUUUUCUUUCUUUCUCUCGGUCCUACAUCUCGCGGGGUGUGUGAGAGGGAGGAACUGCCUGGCAUUCAAGGUUAGCCCCAAACGCCCCCAGUGCGACCCCAUCAGACCUUCUUCUUCCUAAUUCUUGCGUCGACGCCGUUUUGCUCUUUUUCGGGCAAUAUAUUUGACUAAUUUUCGCAAGGUGUGUGCGCAUUUUAAAGAAGACAAUUGAAAUCAAAAUCCAAGAAGAGACAAACGACGAAAUUGCGAAAAUGCGGGACAUGAUCUAUGGUAAUCUUUUUUGUCUGGUCUUUGAAUUGAAUAUUUCAAAAAGGUUCAGUGUUUCAUUCCUAUGUAACGAAAACUAUAUUUACAGGUGACAUGGCCCUCGUAUCACAUACACAUCCAGCCGCUGUCGGCUCGACGACAUGCUACGAGAAGAAUCAGCAGAAGCAGCAGCCGCAGAUUGUACAGCAACCACAGGUUGGUUCUUUUUUCAUUAUCUUAACAAAGGAAAACUUCUAAAAAUUGACCCAAAUCCGAAUGAUUUUUUUAAAUACUAUGCGAUAAAAAGAAAUGGUCUGACUGGUUCACCUCCUUGAUCGCUCGCACUUUGGGGCGCGCCAAAGUGUGCUGCCCUUUGCGUCAUUGCACUUGGCUUAAACACGACGGCACCGCGGCUGCACGUGCCCUUUUAGUUCGUCUCCUUCCCAUUCCCCUUCUUCUUCCCCUUCUUCCUCUGAAGCCAUUGACAUAUCAAGUAUUCACAGAGUUUGAAUAUCCGCCGAAAAUAUUUGUGUAUGUGUGCGCGCUCGACAAAGUUCAUUCGCAUGAACUCGAACGAGGAAGCAAGCUCGGAAGCAUUCUUAUUUUUCCGUCAUGACUCAGACUAACUAGUCAUCAUCACCAGUCGGCGUUCCGAAUGAACAUCCCCUCACGCACGCACUUUAGAGAUUCAGACGAGGGGCGCAUUUCCUGGAAGUCUGGAACGGGCGCGAAAUGCACUCUAUGCGUGUAUGUUUUUCGAUGCAUUAGUUCUUUCAAAAUAGCAGCUGAUUUGAAAGUCGUGUGCCGAUCGACCAGCUGAUAGAGUGAUGCUGAUGGUCAUUCGUUCGGAAAUUCCUGACCUCCUAGCCUGUCUGUGUGUGUCAACUGCCGCCGCCGCUUCCCGAGCACUUUGUGCUCCUGAAGCCUGAGACAACACUCACACUUUGAUGAUAAUGAUGAAGAUCAGGUGAUCAGGCUGUUCUGGACCGGCUACACAACACUUGUGUGUGUUUUGUCUCCACAAACUUUCUGCGUCUCCACUUCGGCCAGUGGCGCCACCAAAAAGUGGAACCACACACCGACGGCGGAAUAUUGUGAUCAAAACAGAUAUUGUGGCGACUAAUUUGUUGAAAGCUUCUUCUUCUUCCUCUUCUUCGUCCGAUUCUUCUACGAUCUGAUUAUUCUUCACCAUUCGACUUCUGCAAUCUUUUCGCUAUUUUGCCGCCUGAUCAAACACGUUUUUCGUACAUUUCGGGGGCCACCCGCCAUUCGACACCACCACGUGACUAUUCGACCACGUGUCUCUCGAUGUCUGUGAGGCUCGUCAUCUGCGUCUCCCCGUGAUUGGUGCACUUUUUACGAUCAGUCAGUCAUUGUGUGCGUGCUGCCAUUCCUCGAUUUACUACGACGACUACUAUUGUGUCAUUGAAUUAACAAAAAUCACCCCAUGAUUCUUCUGGCCAUCAUUGAAUCACUCCUAGAAUACUUCCGUAAGCUAGUCUGGGUACGCAAAAACAAAAAUUACCGCUUUAACCGUACUCUCUCUCUAAUUCCUAUUUAGUUUCAGGCAGCACACGUCUCAUCGAAUGCGAUUCUGGCGGCCGCGCAGCCGUUCUACCCGCCGCCCGUCCACGACACACAACCGGACCGGGCAAUCGGAUAUGGUGCAUUCGGAGUUGUUUGGUUAGUGAUUCAACCAAUAUCUUUUUAUCUAAAGUCAUUUUGUUGCAGGUCAUGUACAGAUCCGCGAUCCGGCAAGCGAGUGGCACUCAAGAAGAUGCCGAACGUGUUCCAGAACUUGGCGUCGUGCAAGCGAGUAUUCAGAGAGAUCAAGAUGCUUUCCUCGUUCCGCCACGACAACGUGCUCUCGCUGCUCGACAUUUUGCAGCCGGCCAAUCCUAACUUUUUCCAAGAAUUGUAAGUGAAGACAGCUGACGACGUGUCCCGCGGCCAUUGAGAACGCGCAAAGUGAAAGUAGUGAAAUUGGCGGCGGCGCUGGAGAAACUUUCGCUUUAUUAUGUGAUACGGUACCAAUCGUCUAGCUGGAAUGGGGGACCAACACCAAAACGCUUGUACCAGGUCGCACCAAUUGUUGACUGUCAAGAUUGAUUAGUCACCACCACCACCCAAACUUAUUUGCUUUCGGUUUUCCGGCGCAGCACUCGCAGAUGUGAUGGCAUUGCCGGCAAGGCGAGCGCGCGUGGCAUGGCACCACCUUACCCCGAAGGCGACGAAGAAGAUAACCGGCACCAGCCCGGCCAUCAGCCUUGCGGGAGGGAGGGGGCGUACUGGUACGCGCGCACAAUGAUGACCUUUUGGCGGGAAGAGGACCGUGUGGCGGCGGCGGCGAGAAAAGCGACGAGUGGUGGUGCGCUGGCCGGGGGGAACGGCCUGUCACCCAAUGGUACGUGCCCUUUGGGCGACGGGAAUACACACGCGCGCGCACUGAAGAGACGGAGACGGUGCAAGACGGCGAGACACAGGCAGACACCCGAACGGAACGGGAAGGACCGGCCGAGGGGACACCCGCCACCACCACCGGGAGCUGUUUUUGUGUGUGUCUCGAGUUGUUGUUGACCUAUGAGUGAUGGCAGACGGAAGAGGGGAUUUCGAAAUGUGUCGAGAAUGCAACAAAAAUUCUUUCUUUUCAGGUAUGUGCUGACCGAGUUGAUGCAAAGUGAUCUCCACAAGAUCAUCGUCUCUCCGCAAACCUUGACGAUUGAUCACGUCAAGGUGUUCGUCUAUCAGAUCCUGCGAGGACUGAAAUACCUGCACACCGCCAACAUUCUUCAUCGAGACAUCAAGCCCGGAAACCUGCUUGUCAACUCGAAUUGCAUCCUCAAAAUCUGCGAUUUCGGACUUGCGCGGACGUGGGAUCAACGGGAUCGGCUGAACAUGACGCACGAGGUCGUCACGCAAUACUAUCGAGCUCCAGAACUCUUGAUGGGAGCCCGGAGGUAUACAGGCGCCGUGGACAUCUGGUCGGUCGGCUGCAUCUUCGCCGAACUCCUGCAACGGAAGAUUCUGUUCCAAGCGGCCGGCCCGAUCGAGCAACUGCAGAUGAUCAUCGACCUGCUCGGCACGCCGACUCAGGACGCGAUGAAGUACGCGUGCGAGGGCGCCAAGAACCACGUCCUGCGCGCCGGACCACGAGCAUCAAACAUCCAGUCGCUCUACCGACUCUCGCCGCAAACCAACGACGACGCGGUGGAUCUGCUGCUGAAGCUGCUGCAAUUCGAUCCCGACAAGAGAAUCAGUGUGCAAGAAGCACUGCAGCACCCGUAUCUGGAGGAAGGACGGCUGCGAUUCCACUCGUGCAUGUGCUCCUGCUGCUACACGAAACCCAACGUGACGUCGAGGAUAUUCGCUCAGGAUUUGGAUCCUUGCGUGAGUUUUUGUGCGACUACAACCCGACGUUAAUCCUCUCGUUUUCAGCACGACAGCCCAUUCGACCCGAAAUGGGAGAAAGACAUGUCGCGAUUGUCAAUGUUCGAGCUGCGCGACAAGAUGUACCGAUUUGUGAUGGACCGAAAUCCUCUGUACGACGUGCCGUUGUGUAUCAAUCCACAAUCGGCGGCCUACAAGAACUUUGCCAGCUCGUCAGUAGCACAAGCGUCAGAAUUACCGCCAUCACCACAAGCAUGGGACAGAUGA